AUGAUGUGCAAUGAGGAUUUUCUCCAAAAGGAUCCUGACGAAGCUAUCGAGUACCUGAAUGAGUUAGCUGAGAAAGCUCAUACUUGGAUUGGACCGAGUGCUACUGAGAGCACCAGUAGGUCCCGAGUAGUUGGAGUUUAUCAAUUAAGGGAAGAUGACAGCCUCAAGGCCCAAGUUGAAGCAUUGACAAAGCAAAUUGAGGCCCUCAAAAGUAAAGAUAGUAAAGGACCCCACAUGGUGGGAAGGACAGAGGCAUAUGAGCCCUGUUUCAUUUAUGGUGGAGAGGGCCAUCUAGCUCAGGAUUGCCACACUUCAAGUGAAAUGAGAGGGGUAUACGAGGAGCAGUGCAAUGCAUUGGGCACAUACAAAAAGCCUUGUGGACCUUUCUCAAAAACUUACAGUCCUGGUUGGAAAAACCACCCGAACUUCAGUUGGCGAGAUUCGAACCAACAUGCACAAUCAUUUGGAGGGCAAUGGAGAUCAGAGCAACAAUCUCAACCACCAAGGACAUAUUUUGCGCUUCAGAAUUACAUGCAGCCGAAAGGGAAUUCUUUAGAGGAUACCCUAAAAGCUUUUAUGGACACGCAAAAUAAAAUGAAUCAAAGGGUUGAUUCAAUGCUCACGCAGCUGGUGGAAGAGAACAAGGAAAUAAAAAGUCAGAUCACAAAGCUAACAGAAGCUUUAACCGUUCAGGAGCACCAUAGAUUUCCAUCACAAGCCCAAUCCAAUUUGAGAGGACAACACAUUGCUCAAACUUCCAACUCUAAAGGUCAAAAUAUCAAGGAAGUUAACGCCAUCUCUACUCCAAGUGGUAUGAAUUUUGACACGCCAUCAACAUGUACAACCACUUUGAGUAAUGAAGAAUCGGCUCAGGAGAAAGAAGAGCCAAUAAAAAUUCUGAUAAAGGUGCCUUUUCCCCAAGCUCUCCGACCUGCUGGGAAAGUGCCAAAAAAUCAAAGUGAGAUCCUGGAGCACUUGACACAAUUGAAGAUCAAUCUUCCCUUACUACAAGUGAUCAAGCAAGUGCCAGCCUACGCUAAGGUUAUCAAGGAUAUAUGCACCAUAAAGAGAAAGCACCACGUCAAGAAGACUACAUUCUUGACGGAACAAGUGAGUGUAGUGAUUGAGCAGAAGACACUGCUAAAGUACAAAGAUCCUAGUUGUCCCACCAUUUCCUGCACAAUUGGGACACACGAAUUCGGCCAAGCAUUGUUGGAUCUUGGAGCGAGUGUAAACCUCAUGCCUUAUUCAGUUUACUCGCAACUUGGUCUUGGAGAGAUUAAGCGGACACCUGUAGUACUGCAAUUGGCCGAUCGAUCCAUCAAGAAACCAUGUGGAAUAGUUGAAGACGUGUUAUUGCAAGUUGAUAAGUUCUACUAUCCCGUGGAUUUUGUUGUUUUGGACACUCAGUCAGUGGUUGAUGUAGAGUCAAAAAUCCCGAUCAUCCUUGGAAGACCAUUCCUUGCGACAACAAAUGCCCUAAUUAACUGUAGAAAUGGUCUAAUGAAGAUCUCUUUUGGGAACAUGACUCUCGAGGUAAAUGUUUUCAACAUUGUAAAAUAA